UGGCGCUUUGAACAAAUUCAAAAACCACAAAACGCCUCGGCUGCGUCUCGGACUGGAAGUAAGACCGGAUUCUAGACUCUUUUGGUAUACAUCUCCGAAUGGGUUAGGCCAUCAGCCAUAACCACCCUUGAUUAUCAGCAUCCCCGCGAAACUCCAAUAGUUGGCAUUGUCAAUCCAUGCUUAUUGUGGAAGGCGACCCUUCAAUAAUGCACCGAUAGGCAAGGAGUAUAAGAUGUAGAGCUUGGGGAAAGCUUGUCUCACUCAGACUUCCGCUUACUUUCCUAUUUUCUUCCUGAUCCAAAACGUGUCGUAUAUCACUGGUGGCCCCCAUGUGUUUGCGAACCGGUUGAAUUCUCCACUUCUCAACUUCUCUUCGUCCCUUUUUGGAUAGAAGUAGCAGCAGCAGCCAUGGAAUUUGCCAAUAAUUCAAGUCAAUCGCAAGUGGAUGAGAAGACUGUUGGACAUGCAGGUACCAGUCACAAACAAAACCACCGCCAUCAAGAAGAUGUAGGAUCAGACGGUUAUGCGGAUGAGUCGGGGAAUCAUGGCUCAGAACCUCCUAUGACUUUUCGCCGCUUCAUGGGGUUCACAGCUAUGGCCUUUUUAUGGACCGGCAGCCAAAUUCCUGUCUAUUUAUUUGGUGGGAUCCCACCAUAUAUCUAUGGAGACAUAGGAGGAGCAGAUCGAUGGGUUUGGUUUGUUUUGGCGAAUCUCCUUGCUCUCGCCGGCGUUUGCCCAUUUGUUGGAUCCCUAUCCGACCUGAUAGGUCGUCGCUAUGUUGCUCUCAUCGGAGUUUCCCUCAUCUGUGUGGGAAUGAUUGUGAGUAGUACGGCAAACACUAUGAAUACAUUCAUUGGGGGGAUGGCAAUCGCAGGUGCGGGUGCGGGUAUCAACGAGUUGACAGCAUUGGCUGCGACCUCUGAGAUGGCGCCUACCAGCCAGCGCGGCAAAUAUGUCGCCAUUUUGAUCUUUACAAUCUUGCCGUUUUGUCCAUCUGUCUUAUGGGCUCAACUUAUUGCAGCCCACAGCGGUUGGCGAUACGUUGGGGCAUUCUGUGCCGCGUGGAAUGGAUUCGGCCUGGUGAUCACGGCGCUGUUCUACUUUCCACCUCCACGGAUCAACUCGGAAGGGUUAUCUCGACGAGAAAUCUUGAGUCGUGUUGACUACAUUGGUGGCUUCCUCAGCAUUGUGGGGCUAAUCCUUUUCAUGGCUGGAAUGCAAUGGGGUGGCUAUCAGUAUCCCUGGACAUCAGCGCAUGUCCUCGUGCCACUCAUCCUGGGAAUUGCUUUCUUAGUUAUUUUCGUGGUUUGGGAGAUCUACGGCACAAAGUACCCAAUUUUCCCCAGUCGCUUGAAGCAAGAACCUCGCACCCUAGGCCUAACCCUAGUCAUCACCUUCAUCUCCGGCGCAAACUUCUUCUCCGUGAUCAUGUUCUGGCCCACCCAGUCGUUCAACGUUUAUGGACAUGAUCCUGUCGAAGUUGGCGUCAGAAGCCUACCCAUCGGAUUCGGCAUCAUGGGUGGCGCCUGCAUCACUCUAUGGCUCCUGAGCGUCCUACGAGGUCACAAUAAGGAGCUAUUAAUAAUCAGCAGCAUUCUCAUGACAGCAGGCUGCGGCGCAAUAGCAGUUGCCCGACUCGACAACCUAUAUCAAAUAUGGGGCAUUCUCGUCGUCGCCGGUCUAGGUAUCGGGGGCAUCGUAGUCCCAGCCUCCAUCAUGACGACCAUCAUCUGUCCAGACGACUUAAUCGCAACAAUUUCCGCCCUAACCCUUUCUAUCCGCGUAGUAGGCGGCAGCAUCGGCUACACGAUCUACUACAACGUCUUCAUAUCCAAAUUCGUCCCAAACGCCAAACACUACAUAGGUGGCGUCAUGCUCACAAAACUUAACAUCACAAACACUACUUACAUCGCCGAGGCAAUUGAGUUGACUGGCGCCUCGUUGUUAGAAAACUUGCGCGAGAUUCCUGGCAUCGCGGGGAAUGAGACUGCGUAUGAGGCUGUUGUGGUGGCGGGCCAGAUGGGGUAUGCAGAGAGCUACAAGUGGGUUUACUAUGCCAGUAUUGGAUUUGGGGGCGUGUCGAUCCUGGCGGCGUGCUUCUUGGGGAACAUUGGGGAUUAUAUGGAUGAUCAUGUGGCCGUGGUUAUAUAGCUUUUUGGGGGUUGGAUAUCUUCUCUUCUCUAUAUCUGCUUGGUCGAGAUGGAUAUAUAUUGUUUUACAAAUAUACAUAAAUGUAUGUAUCAUGGCGCGACGAGGAUCUUGAUUCUAUGAGAUAUAAGGUGUAUCAUGAUACAGAUCGAGCUAAAGAAGAAA